AUGAUGCUUUCUGUGGAUCAGUUACCCGAAGACGUGCUUCAUGACCUAUUCGAUUGGCUAUCGGUGAUCGAUCAACCCACUUUGUUUAUCGCGAACAGAGCCCCGUUGGUUGAGACCUCACUCGGCUGGAUCACUGCCUCGCAUGUAUGUCGACGAUGGAGGAGUUCGAUCCUAAGCAUGCCGUUGCUAUGGGCUGCUAUCGCUGGCGGCGUGUCUGCUUCGCAAGCGACAUGCGAGACCUUCAUCGAACGCGCCGGACGAGCCCCAUUGCACUUCUGGACCUGGCAUCUUCAGCACUUUGGGCGGAUAGAGUCUCAUCCGGACUAUUCAGUAUCUCCUUUACGCCGCAUGGUCGCACAGCUUACGCCUCGAUACCGCGAUCGUCUCGAGAGGUUGGCGCUAUACAUUGCAUCAGGUCGGCGGAUGAGUGUCGAUGGCGGGAUAUCCGACCAGAGGGACCUUGCUAUCGUCGAGAAAUGCUCCUUCCCUCAGCUCAAGGAUCUCUACUUGGAAUCGGACGACCAUCAUAUACGAGUUACUGCUGCAUUCGAAGCCCCAAAGCUCGAAAACCUGUACAUGAAUCAAAUCUUCCUCGCAUUCCGAGCGCCCAUUCUGCGCUUCCUGCGCAUCGACAGCCGUCAAGUGGUCUCUUUUAAGACCUUGCGGGAUGGCAUCGCGUCUUCCCCGCUCUUGGAAGAACUUGAGCUUGGGCUCUACAAUGUCUACGAUCUGGUGGAUGAUGCAUCGCUGCCUCCAAACUCUCACAAGAAGAUACGGCUUCCUCGUCUUGCCGUUCUACAUUAUCACGGAACGUGUCAGCCUUUUCGACUGUUGCGAGAAGCUAUAGACGUUCCAACGACCGCGUUAUUAUCGAUGGAUCUUUCAGAGACCACCCAGGCCGAAGUCAUAUUUCUAUUCACAUACACUCGUGACUUCAUUUCACAUCCGAAGAACGAUUCUUUGAGGCUCUCGUUCACUGAUGACAACAACACCAAGACAUUUCAUGUCCAAAUUUAUCAGUCGACUGCUGCAGCCCAGCACGCCACGGCGGACGGGAUGCGCUCUCGCUCCGGUGUAUACGUCUACCUCCGAGAUAGCGGGAUCUGGCCGCGAGGUGAUGAGAUACGGAGCUUGAUGACAGCUCUGCUCGCCGCGGCAGAGCUCGGUAACAUACGUUACCUUGAUUUCGACCGGAUCUCCGACGCAUGCUUCGAAACUGAAGAGAUAGCCAUGUUCCAACGAGUUCUGCGACCCCUCACGGAUGUCACAUCUGUUUCUGUCGGGCGAGAGAGCGACCUGCACUUCGCGCACCGGCUUCUGUGUCCGGAUGCCCCUGCCAGCCCCCUCUUCCCUCACUUGCGCUCACUGGUUCUCAAACCUCCUCGAGAUACCAUACCCCAAUUGGCGAGCAGCUCGUUGAGGGUCUUGUCUGGUGUCGAUGGACCGAGACAGCACAUGGAGACGAAAUGA